AUGUUAGAACUCCAAAGGAAGUUACAAAAGAAAUAUGAAAAACAAACUCAGGAACAGCUAAAUAAGUUGAAAAAUGAACUACAGGAAAUGGACAUUACCUCUAUGUGGAAAAGAGAUGUAUUGGUGAAGAAUGAGUUUCAGAGAAGAAAUCCUUUAGAAGCGAUGAAAGAAGUAGGAAUAAUUUUAGAAGACUUUAAAGCAUGUUCAGGUUUGGGAGUAAAUAUUAAGAAGUUGGAAAUAAUGUUCAGCAAAAUAGAUAUAAAGGAACAAAAAGAAAUAGCAAGGUUAACAGCAGCUAUAAACUUCCUACGAUCUCUGCUAGAGCCAGAUCCUACAAAGAGGCCAAACAUCCAACAAGCUUUAUCAAAUCGAUGGCUGAAUGAAAAUGGCAAACCAUUAAACAGUGUCACAUAUCCAAACAGAAUCCACUUAGAAGAUAUCAGCCAAAGUGUGCUGCUCUACAUGACUGAAAAGCUGGGCUAUAAGAACAGUGAUGUGAUCAAUACUAUCCUUUCUAACAGAGCUUGCCACACUCUUGCCAUCUACAUUCUGCUUAAUAAGAAGUUGGAACAGUAUUUGGCAGGCCUCAGAAAGGCAGAUGUUCCUGAUAAUGUGUACAUGAACCAAAUAUGUUGGACAGAAAAAUACAAAUCAAAUAAGGAUUCCUAUGAGGACAAAAAGGUCAAAGAGCAAGAAAUAAAAGAAGAGCAUCUUCACCCACUCCUGAAGAAAUCUGAGAAAAAUCCUUCUUCCUACAAAGAGCCUUCCUCUAGCCUUAUGGUACAGAUACAAAAUGCCAAGGCUCUGUUGAGCGAUCGGAAAACUACCCAAGGCAGUGCUCCAGAAAAAGAGUCUCCUAGUGGUUUGAGCCCUUACCAUGAAUCAGCAACAGCCAAGACAGGGUGUGUUACCUCCUAUUCUUUGGAAUACUUGGAAAUUCAACAACCUAUCCCAAGAACUCCAAGACUCUCAAAGCGUCAAGAUUCCCCUCAACCAGAGCCUUCAAGCCCUGGAAGCCAGAAUUUGGAUUCUCCUUUAAUUUUGAACAUUGUACAUUCUUUUGAAACUGGUGAUAGAGAGGACCAAAUAGACCAACUGUCUCCCAGUCACCAGUAUCGAGUCCUAAGCUCACCGGUAAAUUUUGGUCGCAGAACCUCCAGUGAAAGGACAUUGUCUCCACUCUUCCAGCCUGGAGGCACUUCUCCCAGUCCUACUAAAAGUCCAGUUCACCCCACUCAACUGUCUUUCACAUAUGAUGAAAAGACCAGUUCUUUUAGAGAGGAAGCUGUGUCUCCAACCCAACUAAAUAACACCUCUAAUCCCCUGGGGAGCCCUAACUGUGUGAAAAGCAGAGGCCGAUUCCCAGUGAUGGGUAUUGGACAAAUGAUGCGGAAAAGGAACCAGUCAGUAGGAUCACCCACAGAGAAAACUUUGGAAGCAAGAAUGCCUCAGUUGCAGCAAAUGAGUCCAACGCAAAUUUCAUUCAACAUAUUAGACCCCAUAAAUGGCCAGUGUUGA